CACAAAAGGACGGCGAUCCAGUUUGAUCGGCCGGCGCCACCUCCACGACGCUUCGACUACUCGCGAUGCCGUUGCUGGAUGAUCAUGCUGAUGACGAUACUGAGGUAUCUACUUCAGCUACUACAAGCGAUGGGCACGGAGAUGACGACGAGCGGUCACUCUUGAAUGAAGGCAAUGUCGACAUCAACGAUGGUGCCGAUUGCAAUGCGACCGAUGUGGACACGGAAGUGGAGUCAAUCGGAUGCGGCUUCUUCCAUCAUCGAAUGGUUAUCAUUUUGGGGUUGGGCAAUGCUGCAGAUGCGGUGGAAAUCCUUGCGAUGAACUACAUCUUGGCCGACUAUGGCACCAUAACUUCUUGGGAAUCCAGUACACAUUGGAUCAUCCAUCCUCCUUCACCACUUCACGAUGAUCACAAUGGUUGAUGCGGUAGGUUGCCUCACCGCGGCGGUGUUCGCGGGUAUGCUCGUGGGUGGAUUGGUCGGUGGCGUCAUGGCAGACGCUUACGGUCGUCGGCCCAUCGUGCUCCUCAACUUGGGUAUCAACGCCGUGUCGGCGCUGCUGUCUGCCCUGUCCCCAAGCCUCAACUGGCUCAUUCUGUUCCGGUGCUUGGCUGGCAUAGGGGUGGGCGGAAUCGUCUCGUGUUUGUUUGCGUUGUGUGUCGAGCACUUGCCGACGUCGGCGCGCGCGCGAUACAUUACCAUCUUGUGCUCAUUUUGGAUGGUGGGCUCGAUCGCUACAGCGGCCAUGGCGUGGGUGAUGCUAGGCAACGUCGUUGGCACGCACACACGUAUAUUGCCAUGGGCAAACUGGAGGCACUUUGCCGCUUGUGCUGGCCUGCCGGCGCUCACGAGCUUCCUCUUGACAUACUGCUACGUCCCCGAAAGCCCUCGGUUCUUAGCCUCACAGCACCAAUAUGCCGAGGCCGCCUCCGUGUUGGCGCGUAUUGCCCACGUCAACGGGCAACGGGAAUAUGCGACACCGUGCUUGACACAGUCAGACAAGAACCAUCCCCAGCGUCGUCAAGAUGACCCGUAUCGCAUGCAAUGGUUUGUAGCGUCAUCUCGGCUACGGAAAGUCGCGCUGUGCCUGAUUGUGACGUCGUUUGCCCUUAGUUUUGGAUCGUAUGGGAUCUCGACGUGGAUCACAAAGUUGUUUGUCAGCAUUGGCCUCUUGAAUCCAUAUGCGAAUGCGUUCUUGUAUGCUGGAGCCAACCUUCCCGGGAACCUACUCAGCUACCUCGUGGUGGAUGCAUGGGGGCCCUCCGUUCUUCUCAAGAUAGCCCUUGUGGGUGCUGCUGCCACAGCGCUGCUCUUUUCCUUCCAGCUCAUCGAUACCGACAGCACCCCAUUACGUUCAACCGCUAGCUCUGCAUCCUCCAUAACCCCAACAACGACUCAAGGACAUCACGACUCGAGUCGCGCCGUCGUUGUGUUGCUUGCGUGCGUGUUUAAUGCCAUCACCACUGCUGCGUGGAAUGCCUUUGGCGUGGUAUCGACCAAUGCGUUUCCGCUGCCCGUGCGAGUGACUGCCAUGUCCGUAGUGAGCUCCAUGGGUCGACUGGGCGCGAUCGCUGCCCAGUUUGUGAAUGGCUUUCUCAUCGGCCCUCCGCCCCAUCUCAUGACGCUGCUCGUGGUCACGGCGUCGGUGCUGUUGAUAGGCGCCGCGGCAGUUGGCGGGGUUACUCCUGCAUCUACCACGUCGUUGCCGCGCAAACCAAAAACGGCCUCUGGACGCAUCCUCAGAGACACAGACGACUCAACCAACUUGUCAUCGGUGGUCGUGCGAAGUAGUCAUAUGAACGUACAAGACGAGUGACGUAAACCAGUACCCCUGGUAUUGUCGAAAUAUAUAUAUAUAUACUAUCAUAUUGAUUUGGU